AUGAGUCGCCGCCAAGGUGCUAGCUCAAGCUCUUACAGUGUAUCAUCAUUCGUGUCCGAUGAAUUGGACUACUCAGAUUUUUUGUCUUUGCACGAGGAUAGCAGUACCGAGCACAGUGGCUCUAGGUCUGAACUUCUGUCGUCCCUCUCAGUUGAUCUGAAGAUGCCCCCAACAGAACAUGUUCAGAGUCCGGCACCUCAUACAGAUCUGGAAGAUAUGAAUUUUGAUGCCGACUUGCAAGAUAGACUUCAGAAGGCCUUUGAUGAGAUUGUCAAGUUGAAGAAAGAAAACUUUGAAGAGUCUUGCCAACGCGAACAGGUUGAGAAGGAGCUCCUACUCGUCCGCAAGAAAGCUAAGAAACUACAGGAGCACCUCUUAAAAGAGCUACAGCACUCGAAAGGAUUUGAGCAAGCUCGCGCUGCUGAUCAGCACUUGAUACAAAAGCUUAAAAAGGAUAUUGAACUGCUAAAGAUCCAGCGUGAUGAAUAUCUUGAAAAGUUUCGUCAGGCAAGUGACCAGAUCUUGCUUCAACCUUUAGGAGCAGCUAAGGAAGCUCGUGAACAGGAUAAACAUGAGAUGGAAACACCGAAAGAAGAAAUCAGUCAGCUUAAGAUCCACCGAGACGAAUACCUUGCAAAGUUUCUGGAGAAAAAUAAGCCCAAGUUGGCGCCGGUGCAGUGUGUUUCUGAUACUAAUGUUAUAGAAAAAGAUUUGGAAUCAUACAGAACUUCCCUUGACAACCAGUUGUGGCCUUACAGGGACAGUGCAGAUCAGCUGAAGCUGGCAACAGAAAAUUUCAGUGAAUUACUAAAAAUUGGAGAAGGUGGGUAUGGACGUGUCUACAAGGGCACUAUCUCUGACACCGCCGUGGCCAUUAAGAUUUUACGUCAUAAUGAGAACAUCCAAGGCUUACUGCAGUUUCAACGCGAGGUUUUGAUCCUGACCAAAGUGAGGCACCCGCAUCUUGUCAAUCUCUUAGGAUCCUGGGAUGAAAUGUCAGCUCUUGUGUAUGGUUAUUUACCUAAUGGAAGCCUUGAAGACCGUCUUUCCUGCAAGGGGAGACACCCAAGGGAGAUAGUGAAGAGAGUGGAGGAUGCGAUGAUCAAUGACGAACUGCACACCAUCAUCGACAGAUCCGCCGGUGAAUGGCCCUUUGUGCAGGUGCAGCAGCUUGCGCGUAUCGCUAUGAGAUGCGCAGCGGAGAAAAGGAGGCGACGCGCAGAUCUUGUCACCGAUGUCUGGCCGGUGGUUGAGACAAUGAUGAAGAGUGCCUCUUUAUCAGCGUGCCCCUCAACUUCUUCAUCUAUUCAGGAUGAAAGCAGCGUGCCACAUUACUUUUUGUGCCCGAUUCUGCAGAAGAUCAUGAAGAAUCCACACAUAGCAGCGGAUGGGUUCACCUAUGAAGCUGAGGCCAUAGAGGACUGGCUUGAAGCCCAUGACCAAUCUGCCACUUCGAAACUGCGUUACAAUUCCAAACUCAGCGCUUCGCUUAGUCAUCCAAGAACAUCUUCAGCGUGGACCAUGACCUACAGGCUACAUCUAUACGAUUCUCAAUUCAUUCCUGCUUGGAUCCUGAAGGGGAUGCAAGAAAGCUAG